GUUUUGCACUUCGACAAAAUCGUCCACUUGAAAUCAGUUUUCAACUUGACUUUGCUCUAUUAAGAACUAAGCAAAUAUGAAGUGCGUCAAAUUGUUUAUUUGUGUUAUUAUAGUUUUUUGGCUUUUAGGAUACGUAGAAACUAUGGCCAUUACCAAACGGGACUUGGAAGACGCUAAAGCCAAAGACCAAGCCCAAGUGGAAACACUUCAUGACAUCAACAUAGAAACCCAGCUGGUCAAACGACCACUCCCACGUCAAGUGAUGUUCACAUCCUGGCUCACCACCGAAACCAUCCCCAAGUCGAAUCGGUUCCAGCUCUUGGAGUCUCCCAAAUUACGGGAGGACGACUCCCCGCUGAAUUUAAUCCACGUUUCCGUCAUAUUCAUCGUGCUGGUUGCCCAUAUCUAUUUCCAGGAGAGGAUUGAAUACGGCGUGUUUCAGGCUUACUCUAAAUGUACAUAUUACAAAAGACUUAUGAUCGCCAAUUUGAUUGUAUCCUUUCUACUCGUCUGGAUCGUUAUUUUUUUAACGAUGCUGCUUAUUUAUAAUCCUUAUAACGAGUGUUCGAUUGAACAAUAA